AUGACAGAGCGAAAGCCACAGCGAGUGCUCGUCAUCUCUUGGUCUUCUUCGGAGGACUUACUUCCAAUAGCUUUUGAUAUACUCAGCGACAAUCAUCUUUUGGAGGGCACAUAUAAUGAGCGACCCGAGUUGAAGCUGCUGGUAAAACAGAAGUGGGCAACUCACCAAAACAAGCUUCCUAUUACAAUCAUUCGGUUGGGCAAAAAGGUACAAGCCUACUCAGCAAGCGCCCCUGUGGGGAACAAAGUGAAUAGCGAUGUUGCCCGGGUUCACAACGCCAACGGAGUAAACAGCUUCCCGCCCUUUGUCACGGAUUAUACCAUCGAGCCACCAUAUUAUUCUAAUCCACGCGAUCCAUCGUUAUUGACUACAGGGUCCACAGACUUCCCUUCGAGGGAAUACAUUGGCGUUUACCGUCGGAUUAACCUAACUUUGUAGCUAAAUCUCGUGGUUUUCACUGGAAUAAAUCUUGGUCCCUUAGUGGUAAGUUUAUUGGUUCUGGUAGCGAUGUGCUCUGUGUG